CCCGAGGCCACGCCCCUGGCCACGCCCACCACGCUCCAGCUUUGGGCGUCUCAUUUUGCCUGGCCUCCAUCUUGAGAGAUGUCGGCCCCUUCAGCUUGAGAGAUGUCGGCCCCUCCAGCUUGAGAGAUGUCGGCCCCUCCAGCUUGAAUUCCAGAUUUAGGUUUCCCAUGGUGAAGUCACCAUAAGUACUUCCCCCUUAAGCAUCUCCAGAAAGAGAAAGCUACAUUAAUACUCUCAAGUUGGCAGGCACACCUGAGGCACUCUAUCCUGUCAGCUCAUCCUCACCACGUCCUCCAACAAAGCUGGAGCUGCCAUUAUCCCCUCUGCCCUACAGAGGAUGCUGAGGACCUGAGCCAGUCCCCAAUCCCCAUCUGAGACGGGGGUUGGGGGAGCAAAAAGGUGAACCAUGCCUAUGAAGGCCAACAAGAUUGAACCUCAGAGCCAGACAAGAAAACAAAAAAAGGAUACUCCAUGGAUUUUACACAUCUUCAACCACAUAUGCUUUGUUACUACCAUUAUUGGCUGCUACAGCUGCCACUGGAAAAUCAAACAGGAGAAGAAAUUUAAACAUGGACAGUGCUGCUCUUUGAGAGAACGAUUAUUUUACCCAUGUCUGGUCAUUUCAUUUUGCAUGUCUGUGCUUUUGGUGUUCGUGUGGGUAGAAUCAUCAAAUGAAUACAAUGGCUUUGACUGGGUCAUUUUUAUAGGUACAGGGCUCUGGUUCUUCUGGUCCAUUGUCUUACUGAGUUUCCUUGGGAUCCUGGCUGCCUACACAUCAUUGCUGUUGGUACUUGGGUUUUUGUUGCUUUGGGAGGGGAUUGAAUUGUACCUGCACUGGUGUCAUAAGAUCCUGAUUCUGCUAGUGAUUGUGAUAUGCUCAUUUUUUUUCUGGAUUUUAUUCACUUACUGGAAAGACAGAUGGCUCACCGUUGGGCUGUCACUGCAGCUGGGGCCUGAGAAUACCAUAAUGUCCUUUGAGAAAGCUGUUGAACAUGGGGCCUAUGGACUGGAGAGUGAUGUACAUAUAAGUUAUGAUCAUGUGCCUUUUCUCAUGCAUGACUCUGACCUGAGAAGAACAACCAAUAUCAAGGAGGUCCUGCCAAAUGCCUCUUUGACACACCCUUCCUUAUUUGAUUGGGAUUUCCUGUCAACUCUGAAUGCAGGCAAAUGGUUUUCACAUGCUCCGAUCAAACCAUUUUUUGGUAUGAAACCCUUAUCAGAGGCUGACAGGGAAAGAGCAGGAAAUCAGAAGAUUCCAAAGCUAACUGAAUUAUUGGAACUUGCACAGAAGGAAAAAAAGUUUGUGAUCUUUGAUCUUUAUGGCCCUGCACCAAAUCAUUCUCUCAGAGCUUUGUAUGUCCACCAUGUAGUAAGCACAAUCCUUGACUCUCAGAUUGAGCAACGUCUGAUUUUUUGGUUGCCAGGUUUUGAAAGGGAGUAUGUCAAGAAAAAAGCUCCUGGUUUUCAGCAAGUGAGCCGGUUACGCUCUGUUGAACGCCUCACAAAAGAAAAUAUCACUAGAAUAAACGUUGACUACAAGAACUUGUUCUACAAUGGGAUGAGAGAAUAUAGAGCAGCUAACAUCAGUAUCAACUUAUACCUUGUCAAUGAACCUUGGCUCUUCUCACUGGCCUGGUGCUCCAGGAUUCCCUCCGUGACCACAGACAACAUUCAGGUCCUGAAUGAGAUGACUCAGCCUUCCUAUUUCAUGACACCAAAGUAUUAUUUGUUUGUGUGGAUUCUCAUGGAUAUUCUUUCUGCAGUUUUCAUUGUUGCCAUAUUUUAUUUUCAUUGGUGGAAAGAGAGCAAAAAAGAAAAAGUACUCAAGAGCACCAGCAUUCACACAGACAUUGAGGAAACAGCCUCUAACAUGGAAAAAGGGUCAUUGGAAACCCUUGGACUCUUGCCAUCUUCCAGCCAGCCUAGAUCAAAAGAACCCUCAGCUACCCAAGCUCCUUCUGUAUCACAGCAGCCCCCGGGGAGGAAGCUGUCACAUCAUCAGGAUCCUCCUAAGAGAAACAUGCUACCAGGGGUUGCCAAGAACAUCAGAUCACCAGUGUCCCCCAAGGGGAAUAUCAAACCACCCAUGUCUCCCAAGGAGAAAAUCAACCCAGCAGUGUCCACCAAGGGGGGCAUCAAACCACCAGUGCACCCCAAGGGGGUGGUUAAACCACCAGCACCCCCCAAGAUGGAAGCCAGACCCCUAGCAUCCCCCAAGAGAGAGAUCAAAGCACCAGUGCCCCUCAAGGGGAAGGCCAAACCACCAGUGUUCUCCAAAGGGCAGGUUUAAUCGCCAGAGGCCACAAGAGUGGGGGGGAGGGAAAUCAUAGCACCAGCAUCCCCCAAGAAGACCAUCAAACCAAGUUCGUACCUAAGUGAUCAUCAGACAGACACCUCCCCCACAACUUAAACAUAAUGACCCCCUACCACAAAGAGUCUAGACCCACAGAACCCACCAAAGACACCCCAGCCCUGAAAUUCAACCCUGAGACCCCUAUUGUUGAAUCCUCCUCUGAGGAAUCCUUUUAUAUAGUACAUUCCUCCUCUACUAGUGUGUCAUCAUUCUCGUACAGGAUGUUCUUGGAGGAAAUUGAGCCACAGUCACUUUCUCCAUCCUUUUUGUACCUCAGGGUGACUUGAUGGUAGAGAAAGGUCAAGAAAGGAGUUCAGGAGAGCUAGGGAGACUCUCACAAAAACCAUUCUGGUCUAGCCUUUCUAUAAAGAAUGCAUUUCAAGGGGAUGAGCAAACGGAAAAUACUUGUUAUCCUGGAGCUGGAGCUGGUUUCUCUCUGGGUAUCACAGGAUUUGUCUCAUCCUAACCCUUCAUACCAUUCCCCACUAAGGAGUGGCUGUGGUGAACAUCAGCAUGUAAAUAAAGGCAACCUCUCAGGAA